CCAGUUAAACGUCACUAUGACGUUUUGUAAAUAAAGUGUAGUAUUUUUUUUUGGAAUUGCGCACACAUCAAUUUGUUAUUAACAAAUUUCCCUUCCCCAAAUGGUAAAAACUGUUUCCACAUCGGUGCGGGCGACGUGUACCUAUGAGUAAUUCGACAUACUACGUCGCGACUAUUCGCAAUCAACCGAAAUUGCGUCCGCUCAAUGCUUUGGCCUCGGUUCCUCAUCAAUUGCAGCGAUUCAGCACUAUAUUUAACAACAACAACAUUCCAUAGAUAAACAAAAACUAUCUAAGCUACUACAAGUAACAUAUGUUUAAUUAUAAAACAUAAAUUGGACAUAUUCUCAUCUAUAAAAUGGCCAACAUAAAGUGCAAAGAGUGCGGUUGUGUGUGUCCUAAAUGUACACUAGACCAUGAUGUCCACCUGCAUGUGGAGAUUGAAAACUUGAAGCAGCAGCUUCUUGAGAAGCACAAUCAUAUUGUUACAAUGGAGACCAACUUCUUAAAUGAAGCAAAUAAAUAUCCAAAUGGGGAGUUGUUGGCAUUACAUGAUGAGUUAUUAACAUGGCAGGAUAAGUACAAAAGAUUAUAUGAUGCUCACAGAAGAAUACAGAGGGUAAAUCAAGGUUUAGAAGAUAAACUUUUAAGAUUAGUUGACAUUAGUGAAACUGAUAAGAACACAUUAACUAAAGAUGUUGCUACUUUAUCAUACAAACUAGCUGAGGCAAAUUAUACCAUUAAAAAACUUACUGAAGAUAAUGAGCGAUAUAAGAACGAUGUUUCUGUGGCGAUUCAGUUUUUGCAGUGUAAACCAGGAAAUUUCGUUUCUCAGAAGUUUGAUACGUUACCAAAUGAAGUACAAGCAAAAGUCUCAACCUACAUGGGCGGAAAGCGCAAAACAGACGAAAAGAAAACGCCGCCGGAGAUAAAAAGCAUUAAAGUUCCUAUUCCGACAUUCCCCCCUACUGCAAUGGUGUACUCCGUGCCCAAAUCGCAAUCUCCACCUAGAACCCGCGAAGAAAAAGAACCGGAGCCUUCAGUUGACAUAGUCUCUGCUGCGAUAAUGGCGAAAGUUCUCGAGGAACGCGCCAGAGAGCGUUCCUGUGUAAAACACUGCGACACUUGCACUUGCUCCAACCAGCUGAAAAUCAUCCACAACACAUCGCAACAUUCAAUCGCAACACAAACCACCAGCACACUCACUGCAACACAAAACGAUUCGUUGUGUCUGCAAUGCAAUAAUAAAGUUACCGAAAGAUCAACGCUACAGAUCGUCAAGGGUGUGAGUAGUGUUGAUGCAGGUAAAAAUAAAGCGAUACCGGUAUAUAUUCAUGAUUAUGAAGCGAAUGCAAACGCGAAUUUGGCUGUAAACGUUGCGAAAGUGCAGCCGAAUAAUUUCUUGAACGAUAAUCUUAUGAGUACAGAAUGUAGUAAGUUGCGCAAGCCGGUGACGAGUAGUAACAAGCUUGGUUCAGUGCGUGUGGUGCCUGUAACACCGACAGUUGUGCCCACAGCAACUGUUAAUACUGUCGCUGUGACGGAAACAGAUGAUUUGAUUGAUUUAGGUACACCUUCAACAGGAGGUAAUAAUGGUGGUGAGAUUAUUUACUUUGCAAAUGAACGCUCACAUAAAAAAUCACAUAAAGUUAAAACGCACGAUAAAACUAAACUUACCCAUACUUUUGCUGCAACGCGUUUACAACCGCAGUCGAAAGCGAAUUAUGAAAGUUUAUUACUUAAAAGUUGUUCGGAUGAUUUUCGUUCCAUACUUGUACCAACAGCGGAUGUUUCUGUUGUUUCUGCGCCUGUUGUUCCGGUUCCAGUUGCAUCUUUAGAACGUAAGCCAUCGUCGUUAUCAUCGGGCGAUCAUAGUGAAUUUACUAAUAGCGAAUUGACGAAUAGCGCAACGAAUUACCAAAACCAAAGAAUUGAGGAGUGGAUGGACAGUAUAAACUUGACUGAAACAGCGGCGGUUGGCAGUAACUGCGGGACAGAUUGUUCAGAGUCGUUGGUUUCAUCACAAGAUGCUAGUUUUAGUGUUGGAAAGAAACUGAAUGUUUCUUCGGAGGAACUGUCGAUUCAGAAGGAUGAAAUUGAGAAGGGAGGGUUUAAGACGGAUAUAGACACAACCAAAUACAAGGAGAUGGAGGAUCACGUUAAGAAAUUUCUUCUAGGUGAAUGUACUCUCUUAAGUGAUGUCAAAAAGAAUGAUUACGAUUAGUUAUGUAUUAAGAUGCUUCCAUUUGUAGACAUGACAAGUGAAAAACCCCAAUAUUUAAUUUUAGAAGAGGAAAUUUGUGACAAUCUUUUACAAUUUCGGAGUUUUUCUUUUUCAAAACUCAAAUUUUUUUCCAAAUUUAUAGCUUUUUGUCAAUUUAUCGCAUUUUGAAUUAUUUGUGUAAUUUUACCAAAUUUUGAAAUACUUUAGAACGGUACUAUAAACGCGCUCAAAAUAUUCUUUUGUUAAAGAAAAACUUUGUGAAUGAUUAAAUUUAAGCUUUGAUUGGCUUCUUUCAAUAAUCUAAGUAAAUGUGACAUAAACUAACGCAUAUUGAAGUAUUUAAUAGGAAUAUCUUGCGUAUUCAUUCACCAUAUUGAGAAAAAAUGCUGUGAUCAAUUUAACUGUGGAAAUAUAACAUGACGUAGAACAUAAUAAGUACAGGUACAUGACGUAGGGUACUCGUAGAAUGAAACAACGCAUUCGAUUCGAAUACAUACAUACUAAGCAAGCUAUGUAGCUGGUUGUAGUGAGUUGCUGAAAAGUUGACCAAAAACACAUCACGAAUUCCAAAGCUCAUAAAAUGUAAAUACACUCUUACACUAUUUAGAUAGAUAGAUAGGUAGAUAGAAAAAAGCAAGGGCAUAAAUGCAUUCUAAUUUCGAUGUAUAUUUUCAAAUUGCUCAUCAGCCAUCAUUCAAAUCUCUAAGUUUCAAAUUUUAUCUCUAAUGAAACACUGCAUGCAUGGUAAUACUUUCAUUUAUUCCUGCAAUAUUUGAUUAUAAAUUGCUUGUGUAACUGUGACAAAUAUACAUAUAAUCCUUA